AUGGCGAAUUUGUUGGCAGUAAAAUACCUUCCGUUGUUGUUUCAACCAGUAGCUUGUCGAUUAAAGAAAAGUUGUACUGAUCAUUCAACUGGCAAAGAGAAUACGUGUGAUAAAAUCAACGUAUCACCGCCUGAUCCCAAAAACGUGAAGGAACGUGAACAAGCAUCAGUUCGUACAAAGACUAAACAGCUGCAUGUCGACUUUUUUGUAGAAAUAGAGAAUGCAUCACAAUUAAGGCCACUCAUUGCAGAAAAAAAGAAUGAAGCGAGAAGAAAUUCAUCGACAGUUCAACCAUUUAUGAUUGGCAUUAUCGGCGAAAAGAAAAUAAAGUCAUACGUGGUACUCAAUGAGAUUAUUUACGAUGUUGACAGUAUAGUUCAUGCAGUUGAUACUUGUUUUAAAGUAUUUUUUGCUUUGGAAGCUGAAUAUCUUAUCGCGUGCAAACCAGUGUGGAUGUUUAUUCAAAAGUAUAUCUACGAAAUCGAGUUAGAUAAAACAUACACGACUGAAGAAAGCGUUAUAAGUGACUUUCAGGCUUAG